CCACCCAGCCUUCAGCCCGCGCCCCCCUUGCGCUGCCGGGCCCUGCCAUGGGGCAGCACGGCCGCGGCAGCGUGAGGCCGCGGCGCUGAACCGCUCGGGUAGUUCAGCCCAGCCCAGUUAAACGGGUGCGGCUGGACGGACCCCAACCCUGGGUCUUAAAACAUGAGGGGAGGUGGGUGCUCUCCCCACCGACCUGCUGGGGAAGGCAGGGUAGCAGCUGUGAAGGAAGAGGUCCAGGCGCUGUGGCUGAAGUCAACUCCACGGCCCAAGUUCUCUGUCUGCCUGCUGGGGGACCAGCAGCACUGUGAUGAGGCCAAAGCAGUUGACAUCCCUCACAUGGACAUAGAAGCUUUGAAAAAGCUCAACAAAAACAAGAAGCUGGUGAAGAAGCUGGCCAAGAAGUACGAUGCCUUCCUGGCUUCUGAGUCCCUGAUCAAGCAGAUUCCUCGAAUUCUGGGACCAGGGCUGAACAAAGCUGGCAAAUUCCCUUCUCUUCUCACUCACAAUGAGAACCUGGUGGCCAAGGUUGAUGAGGUCAAAUCUACCAUCAAGUUUCAGAUGAAGAAGGUGCUCUGUCUGGCUGUGGCUGUUGGUCAUGUGAAGAUGACAGAGGAUGAACUUGUCUACAACAUCCACCUGGCCAUCAACUUCCUGGUGUCCUUGCUGAAGAAGAACUGGCAGAAUGUGCGUGCUCUGUACAUCAAGAGCACCAUGGGGAAGCCCCAGCGCCUUUACUAAUGGGGCGGCAAUAAACUUUUAGGAUACCUUCA